AUGGAGAACGUAUUUGACUCCUGUUCCUCUCAUAAGUCGGUGAAGGACUUACUGUGGCGGUAUGGAGGCGCCGGCAUCACUUACAUUAUUCCUUCCAAUGGGCAACGUCCUUGGUCGCCUCCGGUUGGCUAUCAGUGUGUCUACGAAUCUUAUUUCGGGGACCAGACAAAACUAUGGUUCCCCAUUCCCCGACUCGUUACGUCUUACGCAUUUCGUCGGGACAUUGCGAUCUGCCAAUUGCUCAACGGGUCACUGAGCAUUACGGUCAUGCUGAUGGUGAUGGCCGCGGAGAUAGACAUUUCGAUGAGUGUGAGAGUGUUCGAGGAGUUGACUUUCACAAAGGCAGAACCGAACGCGAUAUUCUCGGUGAAGAUGCGUUCGAACUACAACGUCUUGACCGGGCAUCCCAACAAGACGAAAGACUGGCAGCGUUCGAAUUUUUACGUCAAAUGCGACGAAUAUGCCUUCACAGAGCCUCCUGGGGAUGACUAUCGUGUUCUCUGGAAUAAAACACUUGUUCGCCAUCCGAACACGAUCGCAUACCCGGAGAAGUUCUUUGAGAGUGCCCAGGCGAUCGCAGCCCACAGCCAUCUCCCCUGGCCUGAUCUUAGUCGAGAGUGGAUAAGGCGGCAACAGGCUCGAAUUGCUAGAGUCGAUUGGGAGUCGAUACUUCCGGAACAACAAAAGCUUUUGAACAAAGCCAGAGAGAUGGAGGGAGUUCCAGACUUGAGUGCGCUGCUGAAAGGGCAACUCCAAAUGUUGUCGACGAAGUCGUCUUCAGCUGGGGCCUCUGACGCUAGACGUGAGCUUGUUGAGGGAGACGCCCCGUCUUCUGCUGAUGCUUCUAAGGUCUCAAGAAAAAAGAAGAAGAAGAAGGACGGGAAGAAGAGACCUCGUGAGGAUCCUUCUAUUGGACAACAGGAGACCCCGGCGGUGGUUGGAGAGGACGAUAUGGAGACCCCUGUCCAGACUGGUUCUAAUCGAGAGUCGCCUGAGGAACGUCCCAAGAAGAAAGUGAAGAAGAAAAUGGUGGAAGAAGGGUUGGAAGAUCCUUCGAGGAGUGGAGGAAAAGCCACUGGGUCUAGGGGUGAGCCUCGGAAUGAGUCUCCAUCGAGUGAGAGACUCGCUCCUUCGUUGGUGGUGAGGAAGGAUGCUCGGAGUGAACGCUCUCUGCCGAAGAAUGGGAGAAUUGAAUUCCCAGAUCGUGUGGAGUUCUUGUAUGACGAGAAGACCCCUUUAAUGCUCAAUCCUCUCCAGUGCGCGGAGCUGACGCGCCAGAUCCGUGGUGGGACGAGGGAGUUGCCGCCAAUCGGGGAUCUAUACUUCAAGGACGAGUACAUUGACGCUGCUUCUGCGAGCAAACGUCUGAGCGUGAUCGAGAGAUUACGUGCCGAGAAUAAGAAGGCUAGCGACAAAGUGGCUGAGGAGAAAGAAGUUCUCCGAGCUAAAUUCGAAGAGCUUGAAGGCAAGCUAAAAGCCGAUCGACUCGCGAAGAAUGAGAUGAUGCGCGAGAAGAAUCAUCUGGAGCGAAACGGUUCUGCCCUUGAGAAGGAGAAGGCGGAACUCGAGGGAGAGAGGGACGCAGUCGUUGAGACGUUAGUCAAGGAGAGGCAACGCUUGAGGGACUCUCGAAUCCGGGAAGUUACUUGCGAGAGGGUCAGGGUCCAAACUGCUAUGGGGGACAAGUCCACUCGCUGCUUUGGUCGGGCAUCAGGGACGAGAAAAUGCCUCGAGGUACUAAGGGACAACGGAACGGAGAUCCCGCAGGGCAUGAUAGAUAUAUUUGCAGAGCAGGAGAAGCUUCAUGAGGCCGAGGUCGCUAGACUUUGCCUCGACCCGCUCUCCGAGAGUGACCUUACUCUGUCCCCACUUAACCUUCCUUCUAGAUUUGUUAGUGAGGAGUUUAUGGCAACGCUCGACCCGUACGGGUCAAAUGUCGGCUUGAUUGGGUCCGACUUGGCUUCCCAGCUUAUUACUUCACGCGAAGUCGGCGAGGAUCAGUCCGCGGAGCCGACGGUAGAUGUCACAUCUGCUCCCAGAGAACAGGUUGCGGCUAUGGAGAGGAGCCCCGAAAAAGAGAACCUCGAGGUGGACGACGCCUUAGCUAAGAAAGGGGGAACCGAGAAACUAGGCUCUGAGGGACCUGUUCUUGUUUCCGAUACUUCUUCUGAGAGGCGAGGAGACGAGGAGGAGGGAAGUGAUCAAGGUAGGAAGACGCUGUCACCGAGACCUAACGAGGAGGAAGUGACAAGCGAGAUCGAGAGGAGUACUUCGAGCUUGAGAGCCCAGGAUCUCCCUGCUUCGAAACUCUUGACGGGGAGCGGAGAAGACGAUGGUUCCGUUGCUUGA